UCUAGGAUGCAUAAAAAUAAUGUGACUGAGUUAAUUAUCAUCGGUCUUUUCCAGGACCCAGGGGUGCAAAGAGUGUGCUUUGUGCUGUUUCUUCCCGUGUACCUGGCCACUGUAGUGGGCAAUGGCCUCAUAGUUGUGACAGUCAACUUCAGUAAGAGUCUGGGUUCCCCCAUGUACUUCUUCCUUAGUUACCUGUCCCUGGUGGAGAUCAGUUACUCUUCCACUGUUGUUCCUAAAUUCAUCACAGACUUACUUGCCAAGAUCAAAAUCAUCUCCUUCAAGGGCUGUCUGACUCAGAUAUUCUUCUUCCAUUUCUUUGGAGUUACUGAGAUCUUCCUGCUCACGGUCAUGGCCUACGACCGCUAUGUGGCCAUCUGCAAACCCCUUCACUACACAACUAUCAUCAGCCGACCUGUGUGUCGCCUUCUGGUGGCCAGCUCCUGGCUGGGGGGCUUGGUUCAUUCCAUGAUUCAGAUCUUUGUCACUAUCCAGUUACCCUUCUGUGGUCCCAAUGUGAUCGACCAUUAUUUCUGUGACCUCCAUCCCUUAUUUAAGAUUGCCUGCGCUGAUACCUCUGUGGAGGGGGUUGUUGUGCUGUCCAACAGUGGAUUAAUCUCUGUCGUCUCCUUCUUCCUCUUGGUGACCUCUUACAUUGUCAUCUUGGUCAAUUUGAGGAGCCAUUCGGCUGAGGGAAGGCGCAAAGCCCUCUCCACCUGUGCCUCUCAUGUCAUGGUGGUCGUCUUGUUCUUUGGACCUGCCAUCUUCCUCUACAUGCGACCCUCGUCCACCUUCACUGAGGACAAACUGGUGGCUGUGUUCUACACAGUCAUCACCCCCAUGCUGAACCCUAUUAUCUACACACUCAGAAAUAAAGAGGUGAAAAAUGCCAUGAGGAAUUUGUGGUGUAAAAAGGUGAAUUCAGGGGUGAAAUAA